AUUGCAUGUUUUAGAAAAUCGGUUUGGUGUGGAAAUUCAAAACUUGGUAGAAGGGUAGGUCAGCAAUAGUGGAAAACAUUGUCCUUGAUGUUUAAUGGGAGAAAUUAGCAGUAAAAAUGAUCAGUCCAUUCGAGUGCGCUUAAUAUUGAUAUAAACAGAUGACCUCGACUCGGUUACCCCGGCACAAUGUAAGUCAAUUAUUCUUCGGUGUUAAGAAAAAGGAAACCAAAGACUUCCCUCAACACUAUGUAUCUAUAAUAAUUACACCAGGAAUAUAUAUAUUUUUAACACUUGAAGGUUGUACAAUCUUGUUGAAGCAAAGGAUAUUUCUCUGUAAUACCUAUAAGCUUACAUUAAGUAGCAAAAAAAAAAAUUAAUAACAUUUACAUACAGCUCCAAACAUGUCCAUCUGUUAUGCAUGAAGCAAUUUAAUAUCGUUCCAUAUCAAUAGUUAGUGCGAAUGGAGUCAAACAUGUACAGUGAAACUUGUAUAAUUUAAGCGGACACCUCAGAGAAUGCUGUAGUGCCCACUUGAUACAAAGUUUCUUCCUACUACAUACAGGUUUCGAUAGAAAAGGUCAUAUGAGGCAGACCUGCCAACUCUCACAAUUCUGCCGUGAGUCUCACGAUUUUUUAACUUUUCUCAUGGUCUCACGACAAGACUCCCAAUCUCAUGGUUUUCUGGGAAAUAUUCUAAAUUGAAAUAUUACCUUGUUGAAUAAAACAUAAAUUUUGUGGGGAAAUUCUUGUGCCUGGAUAAGCUUUGACUAUUUUAGCCAUGAAGUUGUCUUAGCCCAAAGAAAUGACUCUGCUGUAUGUUUCGUCAGGCAGCGAUAACCUAUUUUCUGGCCUCUUAAAGUCAUCAAAGAAAAAGCGGCAUCUAAUUUGUUACAUAAGGGACCACACUACAGCAAGGUUAACAGUUGAUUCCCCUAAUGGAAAAGGGGCCGUUUAAUUUUGAUCGGGAAAAAAUAGAAUUUCACUACUUUUUGUGGAAUCUCCUGAUUUUUUUUCAUGAGUCUACAGAUUUUCCUUUAACAGAGGUUGGCAGGUCUGUAUGAGGAGCUAAGUACCAUUCAAAUAAAAGGCGGAAACAUUUGGAAUACUUCCAGAGAUAUGAUGAUAUACAUUUGCAUUAAUAUCUUUAUUUGUGCGGAGCAAUUAAUUAAACCUAGAUUGUACCUCAAAUUUUAAGAUAUCAAAUGAGUGAAACAAGCUUUAUACAAACAAAAAUGAGAUGAGAAAGUACUGUAACUCAUUUAUAUAAUUUACAGAAGUCCCCUGGUGCCACCAGCCAAGUGCUGAUAGGGCAAGACUCCCAAUCUCAUGGUUUUCUGGGAAAGCAAAAGGCAUCUUAAAAUAACAAAAAGGCACAUAGGGCUCAGCCGAAUGGUACCAUAAUGACGUCAACACGUAUGGAAACAGGCCUUUUCUCCGAAACCCGCCCCAUUCCCCUAUGGCUAUUUUUAUUUGCGUUUACCCUACCUCACCUCCCUUCCCCAUACCUGAUGAAACAAGGCUUUCAACAGUUUGUUGAGAUAGGAUGCUUUUUGUUUUAAAGGAUGAGCUCAUCAUAUUUUAUUAUCGUAGAGACAGGGGCAAGAUAAGUUAACAAUAAUAGACAGAUUAUUAUAGGUGGGUUACUCAUUUUUACAGCUAUCCCUGGAAGAAGAAAUAGAAGUAAGGAGCUGACUGGCAGCCACUGAGAUUGAGGAGAGGAGAAAGGAAAUUGAAAGAGAAGAGAAAGAGUUGAAAGGAAAAGAAGAAAGGUUAAAAGAAAAAGCAAAAGAAAUUAAAAACACAGUAACAGAGGCCAAGCGGGUAGCUGCCCAACUGCAACUAAAGGCAGGGCAGCUAGACUGCUUGGCUAACCAAAUUCUAGAAGAAAUCAAAAAGGUAAAGAAAAAGUAAAAGAAAAACACCAGUGUAAGAAAAUUUUAUUGAUAACAAACCGUUUCUUUUAAUCAAAGUCAAUGUGCAAAGUUUUUAAAUGCAAACAAGUCUAAGUCGGACCUGUUAUGCAAGAAAGAAAAUACAUUUGUUCAGUAUAUAAAAAAUAAAAGGAAACUGGUUCUUCUAAUUUCUUGUAUCCUGUAUGGUCUCUUCUUGCUCCAGGGAAUCCACUCCAUCUAACAUCCUCCACUUCCCACACCGCACUACUCUCUUCAUGGAAUCUAUUAUACUAGAUCUUUACAGACAUCCAGUAAGCAGCACCUCCUCCAUCAUACACUGCAUGUUUUUCUCUCAUCAUCUACAGAGUAUUCCCAACCAAGGAAGCACCUAAUUAUAAAAUCAGUCAGAUAAAAAGAGAUUAUUAUACAUACAAAAGUCAAAACUAACUAAAUAAAUAAAGGCAAUAUUAUCACUUAAAAUCCCUAAUUAUUUGUUAAGCAUCUCUUAAAUCAGAUAUUAUAAUGGUUUUCCUCACCUACUCCCUAAACUUCACAUUAAUAUAGGUGAGUUAAACCACAAACACCCGCCCCCCCCCCGAAGCAAUGGUAAAAAAGUAUGUCUCCCUUGAAUUAUAAAUUUUUGUAACUUCAAGCAACCUAUCAGGAUAAUCCAAAGACUGAUUUCUAAUCUUAAACCAAUAGCUAAAAGGCAAGGCUAUGUGAAAUAUAUUAGCAGAGGUAGUUCAACAGCAAUUUUUAAAGAGGGGCUUUAGAGCUAUUGUAAUGGACCACCUAUAGUCAUGGGACGAUUGGGUCUUUACUAAGUUACGCCUACUGAGAAAAUACCACAAAGCUACAUUGGCUAGGUGAUAAAACUGUACAAGCAGGCCCCGAAGAUUGUUGGAACUGGACAGUGUCACUUGAUGUAACUGACAAUAGCAUGGAGUCCAAGUAAGUUAAAAAGCAUCAAUGAUUGAAAAUUAAACUGAUGCCCCUGCACUCCCACUCCCAGUAGAUCCCCUGCCUUGACAUUACCUAAUAAACAUACAUUGAUACUCGUGUCAUUUUCUGAACUCAUGUAGUUAUUGAACUAUAUUGUUGUUCUUGAACUUUGGUGUCUUUAUUGAACUACACAAAAAGGAAAACCAAAAAAAUGUAACAUUAAAAAAGUCUCUUUUUGUAUUGUAAAAGUGUGAGAAUGAUGAUGAUAUUCAUGGCAUGAAAAUCCUGCAAUUUUUUAUAUCCUUAUAAAUUUUUCCCCCUAAUUUUUAAGAUGCGGACGCCCGAGGAAACAUAUUUUCAAUAUUACACCAUUGAAACGCUUUCUAGUGUCCGUUUUCUUGGCUUUUUCUAG